AUGUAUUCGGUCGUCGAUGAAGCCCCUCGCAGAGAGCGGCAUCACAAGUACAAGAAGAGGCUCUACCUCGAGCCGCCUACCAACGGCAGCGUGACGACUCGUACGCGCAUCACGACGAUCGUUCCGCCCCCAAGACCUCCACCCGUCGUGAUCCGCCCAGAACUACCUAGGCCGAUCACUCCCCCGCCGGCGGAGCCUCCAGUCAUUGUGUGCCCGCCGCCGCCACCGCCUCCUCCGGAACCCAUCAUUAUCGCUCCUCGACCGCUGCCGGAGCCGAUCGUGGAGGAGGAGGACACCAUCGAGGUUAUUGCCGUGGACGUGGAUCCUUCGGUCAAGUCCCACAAGAGCCACAAGAGCCACCGCAGCCACAAAUCCUCCCGCAGCAGCCGGAGCCGAAGCCACAGCCACAGUCGCGAGCGAGAGCGCGAGGUUUAUAUUGAGCGCGAGAAGUUGGUGCCCGUCCGCGUGCCCGUGCCCUACCCUGUCCGGGUCGAACCCGACUACGAGACCUUUCGCUAUGUCGAUGCUCCUCGGCGGUUCGAGCCACGGCCACGCAGCCAUGAUCGCGAGAUCGUCAUCGAGGACCGUCACAGGAGACAGUAUUUGAGAGACUAA